GCCAUGGAGUCUAAACACAGUCGUACCCAGAACCCAAGUGGGACAAUCAUGACCUUCCACCCAACCAUGGAAGAACUGAAGGAUUUCAACACAUACAUUGGUUACAUGGAAUCCCAAGGUGCCCACCGAGCUGGCGUGGCUAAGAUAAUCCCACCCAAGGAAUGGAAAGCCAGACAGACCUAUGAUGAUAUCAAUGACAUCUUAAUAGCCACUCCCCUCCAGCAGGUGGUCUCUGGGCGAGCAGGUGUGUUCACUCAGUACCACAAAAAGAAGAGGGCCAUGACAGUGGGGGAGUAUCGCCACUUGGCAAACAGUUGGAAAUACUGUACCCCACCACACUCGGAUUUUGAGGACCUGGAGCGGAAGUACUGGAAAACACGCCUCUACGAUUCACCCAUCUACGGCGCUGACAUCAGUGGCUCCUUAUUUGAUGCAAACACUACACAAUGGAACCUCGGCCACCUGGGAACCAUUCUGGACCUGCUGGAGCAGGAGUGUGGAGUUGUCAUCGAAGGCGUCAACACACCCUACCUGUACUUCGGCAUGUGGAAGACCACCUUCGCUUGGCACACGGAAGAAAUGGACCUUUACAGCAUCAACUACCUGCACUUUGGGGAGCCCAAAUCUUGGUACGCGGUGCCCCCAGAACACGGCCAGCGCUUGGAACGUCUGGCCAAGGAGCUUUUCCCGGGCAGUUCUCGGGGCUGUGAGGCCUUCCUGCGGCACAAGGUGGCCCUCAUCUCGCCCACUGUCCUCAAGGACAAUGGGAUCCCCUUCGGUCGGAUCACUCAGGAGGCUGGAGAGUUCGUGGUGACGUUUCCCUAUGGCUACCACGCUGGCUUCAACCAUGGCUUCAACUGUGCGGAGGCCAUCAAUUUUGCCACCCCGCGAUGGAUCGACUAUGGCAAAGUGGCCUCUCAGUGCAGCUGCGGGGAGGCCAGGGUGAGCUUCUCCAUGGACGCCUUCGUGCGCAUCCUGCAGCCCGAGCGCUACGAGCUGUGGAAACGCGGGGAGGACCGGACCGUGGUGGACCACGUGGAGCCCAGGGCGCCCGGCAGCCAGGAGCUGAGCGCCUGGAGGGAGGGCCUGGCUGCAGGGAGGUGCGCGCUGGGCCUGAGGCACCUCCAGCCCCGUCGGGCCCUGCGCACCCCCAGGUCGGUGGGCGCUGCCAGUGGGCCCCGCCGCCGCGCCCCUCCUCGCCAGGCGUCCCUGCGCCCCUCAGGAGACCAGGUUCCUGCCUCUGCCGCCCAGUCCGGAGCUGCGCAGGCCUGUUGCUCCUCCAAGCCCAGCUCAUCCUCGCCGCCAACCACAGGUCCAGCUGCCCGGAAUCUCCAGCCAAGAGGCAGAGGUGGUCGUGGUCGUGGUCGUGGUCGCCGUCCUCGUCCUCGGGAACAAGGGCCUCAAGAGUCCAGUGUUCAGGCCCGAGCUAAGAGGCGCCGCUCAGUGGGCACUGAGCGCACAGCUCUGGAUCCUGAGGCCCAGCCUGUGCCUGUGGAUAAGCCCUCCUUGGACAACCCUGCACCUCUGAGCCCUGUGUCCCUGUGUCCUGCGAGUGCUUCCGGGUGCCGUUGUGCCCCUGAUCUUCAACCCUUGGGGCCCCCACUGGAUCCCGAUGAACCGAUGCACCCUGGCCCGUGCCUGCUCUCUCUGGACUGUAUUCCAGACUAUUUCCCGGACAUUAUCCCCCUCACUCCUCCCAGUCUCAUCGGGGCUCCCACAGGCACUGCUGGAUACCGCAUGGUCCCUGUGACCCUGGCUGAUGUUGUAAGAAUGGAUCACUCUUACGCCUCCAUGCUCCCGGCCCCAGAUUCAGUUUUGAAAACUCUUGGACCAUCUGAUCCCAUGGAACUAAAGCUGGAGGUAGCUGCAUCUCUGGAGUCUUGGGACAUGUUCACCACCAAAGGAUGCGCUUCAGUCUUUGAGCCUAUCACUGAGGAAGAUUUAGUCAAAUAUGGCUGUAUCUAA